UUUAUAUCUUGUUGAUAAUCUUUUAAAAAAUUUUAACGAAUAUAUAAAGAAAGAACAAGAAAUAAAAUCACAGUAUCAUAGUAGCUAGGAAAAGAAUACGAUACGAGAUUUAUUACAUCUUUACAUCGAAAAUGAAAGCAAUAUCAGCAUUUGUAGCAAUAUUUGCUGCAAUUUUAGUUUUCGUUUCUGCCGAAAUACCAACUACAUGUCCAGAAGAAAAUGGAGAAGAUGUCGUUCUACUUCCAAAUCCAGAUGAUUGCUCAACCUUUUAUGAAUGCAACGAAGGAAAGCCAUUCUUAAUGGAAUGCAGUCCAGGACUUGAGUACAAUCCUGAGUUAAGAGUAUGCGAUUAUCCAAAUCCCAAUGCAACUUGCAUACAUCGCCCUCCAAGUUCAGUAUCACCCACAAACAAUCCUGGUUCUCAACAUCGACCGACAAGUCAGGCACCAUCUAAACCUCCACGUCCUACAUCACGUCCUACAGCACGUCCUACACCACCAUCCAAUACGCAAUCACCAAAGCCAUGCCAUCCAUCAAAACCAUGCAGACCAUCAAAACAACCAUGCAAACCACGCCCUCCAUCAAAGAAACCAUGCAAACGUCCUUUACCAUCAUUCUAUCCUAACCCAUAUUUUUCUCCUAAUUGGUGGCCUCUUCCACAAGAAUACUAUGAAAAAUAUAAUGAAAAUAUAUCAAAUGAAGAAUAUGAAAAUGAAGAAUAUGAUUAUGAUUUAGAUGAAGAGUAAUCUUGGCACAACUUGUUAAUGUUAUAUUGAAAUUGAAAUUUCUAAAAUCUAAAAUAUAUUAAAUGUAUUGAUAAUAUAAAAUGUUGAAAAAAUAUAAAAUUGAUUAAACUGUAA